AUGGCCUCACACCCAGAGAUAGAGAAGUCACAAACAGACACCAACCAGGGCAACAGAUACAAGAAGCAGUCCACCUGCUGCCAGUCCAAGAUCUCUGUCCACCAGCUCCACCCUGCCCUUAAAUUCUGGAUGCUGGUGGGUUGGAUCCAUGUGUCCAUCGCUGUAAUAGAGGACGUACUCUGGCGCCAGGUCAGGAUCACAGAAAUAGAAUCCAGAACUCAGUGUGGAGAUGGCUGGGGAAUACCUGCUGGUUCUUCCUGUAAAAUCAACUACAUUGGCCCAUCGGACAGUGGAGUUUACUGGUGUGAGUCCAGAGAGGGAGCAACCAGUAACAGCAUCACCAUCACUGUCACUGGUGGACCAGUGAUCCUGCAGAGUCCUGUCCUCCCUGUGAUGGAGGGAGAAGACCUCACUCUGACCUGUAAAACAAAGAUGUCCUCCAACCUCCCAGCUGGUUUCUAUAAAGAUGGCUCCUUCAUCAGGACUGAGCCUGCAGGUCACAUGACCAUCCACCAUGUUUCCAGGUCUGAUGAAGGCCUCUACAAGUGCAACAUCAGCAGAGUUGGAGAGUCUCCACCCAGCUGGGUCUCUGUCACAGAGAAACCAAAGACUGCAAGCCCACCUCCGAGCUCUCUGCCGCCUCCUGACACAACCUCAGGCCCCCUCCACCUUGUGAUCAGACUAGUCGUCCACCUGGUGGUGUUCUGUCCGUACUGCAUCUCCACUUUCAUCAUGGUGUCUUUAUAUAGAGACAGGACCACAGGAAAUGACCUGUCCGUCUCCAUGGUGACGACCCCGCCCACCCAGGCUGAUGAGGGAUUGGAAGAUAACUAUGAUGUCAUCACUGCUGUUACCACGGAACAUCACUUCUGA